AUGAUCUACUCGGCCACCAUUAUGGUUACCGCCAAAAAAAAAACGGAGAUCGGCACGAAACUUGGCGGCAACUUCGAUCAUGUUGUAUAGUACACCGGUGAGAGAUUCAAUGGCAUUUUAAUGAAGGAAAGGUGGAGAAAGACGGGGGUGUAUGACUUGAGGGCACAAGAGGAACGUUUUGGGCUACGGUAACACCGGGUUUGCCAGGCAACUUUCAGUCAAUUGGGUUACCAUCAAAACAUGCUCUGCAGCAGCAAUUGAAGUGGCAGUUGACCGGGUCCAUAGACGAAGGUUGAAUAAAAGAUGUGCACGAUUUGGUAUCAGCACUGCAGCGCGUGAAAUCGUUGUAGCAGAUGUGCCUCCAAAAACGCGGCGGAACUUGCCAGAACGCGGGUUGGGUUGCACCGCUGCUACCCGGUACAGCAGGUCAAG